UCCCCUGGGCCAUCCAUCUCGCAACGGCCCUCACGCCGCCCAGCUCCGACCCAUUCUACCACGAACCUGACAAUAUAACCGCCUAUGGCCCGGGCCAGGCCAUCCGCACGCGUCAGAUUGCUCCAUAUCUGCAACCCUACAUUCCCACGAGGCCCACCAAUACCUCUACCGUACGACCGACACCCACGGCAAUGCCAUCGCGGCGGCAGCCACCUUGCUGGUCCCGCAUAACGCGGAUCCCACCAAACUCCUGGCCUACGAGACCUUCUACGACGCCAAUAGCGAGGACGGCAGUCCCUCAUAUACGUUACAAUAUGGCUCACAACCGAACACGGAUGGAAAGGAUCUCCUCCCCAGCAUGACCCAGCCGAUGGAUCUGGCAUUUCUCUCUGCCUCUCUCACCCAAGGCUGGUACAUUAUGACAGCGGACUACGAAUCCCCCGCGGCCCAAUUUGCCGUCGGCCGACUCUCCGGCCACGCAACCCUCGACUCCAUCCGAGUUGCUCUCACCCACGGCCCCUCCUCCCACAACCUGUCCACACACCCCAACUACGCAAUGUGGGGAUACUCCGGCGGCGCUUUGGCAGUAUCGUGGGCGGCCGCUCUGCAGCCCAGCUACGCCCCCGAACUCGCCAUCUCCGGCGCUGCCGUCGGCGGCCUCAUCCCCAACCUGACCUCCGUUAUCGAAACCAUCAACAUGGGACCAUUCUCCAGCGCGGCCUUCGUCAUCUUUAUUGGUCUGGCGAAAGCAUACCCCCCAUUCGCGACGUGGCUGGAAUUCGCGCUGAAGACAUACCUCAAGGAAGUGUUUUUUCGGCGGGAGCGGGAGCUGUGUCCUAGGUGAGUUUUCGGGGGGCAUGCUGAGUGACUUUUGGAACUUUUUUAUUCGGGGGAGGAUGUGCUGAGGGAAGGCGUGCCUGGUGGGGUGCUGUCCAGGGAGGAGCUGGCCGGUGCUGGGACGCCGACGGGCACGAAGAUAUAUCUUUAUAAGGGGGUUCUGGAUGAGAUUAGCCCCGUCGCGGAUACGGAUGAGCUGGUCCAGGGCUACUGUGGCGGCGGGGAGGGAGUGAGUGUGCGGUAUGAGAGGAUUCUGGGCGCGGAUCAUAUGGCCGGCGCGGUGUUGGGGUCUGUUGAGGCGGUGAAGUGGCUGAAAGGAGGCUUUAGCGGGUGAUGUCGAGAACGAUGGGUGUAUAGUUAGGACGACGCUGGCGGGGGACUUGGAG